AUGAAGUCUCCCAAGGUCAAGACGAGUGCCAACAACACUGGUGGACCUCGCCAGGUUCAUUUCAAGGAGGUCAGCAGCCACAGCUCUGGUAGCUCUUUCCCCAUCACCCAAGGACCCGAUACUUCGACCACCUCGACCUCGACCGCCUCGACCGCUCCUGCCCCCGACAACCACGAAGACGAGGAGCAUGUACCCGGCGUCUUCCUUCACACAUCCACCAACCCUUCUGCCUCGGUCAAUCUUGGUUACAACUUUCCACCCUCAACACCUUUCGGCCAGGUCCCUCCUCAGCCAACCUACGGCCCUUUCAUCCCCCAAACUUCGACCCAUCCCGCCUUCACUGCUGAGGCGAACGCUUUCGCACCUUUUGGAAAAUUCAAUCCGUUUGGUCUUCAAGCUCCUGCCUACGUCAACAUGGCCGACUAUCAGAACGUCGCUCCGCCUGCCGGAGGUCUUCACUUCCAGCCGCCCGUCCCUGACACUUCUCACGGCGUCAUGCAGCACGUCUACGUGCCUCGCUUUGACAACGGCGCGCCUCCUCACCCUGGCUAUGCUUAUCAUCAGCCGCCCCCCAACAACAUCACCUACAUCGGCCAAGCUCCUCCUCCCAACCCUCCCGUCAUGAUCGCCCAGCAGCCUAUCAUGCAGCCUGGAAUGGCCAUGCAGAACCCGCCCAUCAUGCUCCAGGGCCCUCCCCAAGUCAUGAACGGCGCCCCCAUGUUCCAGGGUCCUCCCCCUAUGGGCAUGAACAUGCCCCCCAACAUGGGCGGUGGCGGCGGUCCCGUCUUUGCAGGUAAUCGUGGUUUUCCUCCUGAUGUCACUGGCUUUGGAAAGACGGCUGGCGAGAUAGCCAUGGAACAGGCGCAGUUCGCCUACGCCAAUGGCUUGUUUGAGCCUCAGGACUUCAAGCCUGCUGAUGACGACCCGUCUCGUUAUUAUCCUGUUCGCGAGGUUGACGGUAAUUGGACCCAGCGCAACCGUUUUACUAUUGACAACCUCGGCGAUUGUCGCUGGUAUGUCACUAACGAGGGCUUUUUCUACGCCCGAUACCCUACAUUACAGGUCCCCGAGACCUGGACUUUCAUUCGGACGCCCCCGGACGACUUCCCAACUAGACUUCCAGUCUUCGAGGUCGCUGCUGCCAUGACGGUUAAGGGCAGAAGUUCCACGCUCUGUGAAUGGGCUCUUGGAGUCAGCGUAGAGGAGUAUUGCGACUCAGUUCAGCGGCGCAGGCGCAAGACAUCGACUGGCCGACAGCGCAUCAGCGUCGAGAUCUCGACUGACGAGGAGUCUGAAGAGGACACCGUCAAGAUCACAUAUCCACGCACCGGGAGCAAGACUUCUGCUGCCCGAUCAUCCAAUACAAAGAAGGUGCGCUUUCAGGGAGCACCCAAGCCCGCAUUGAAAACGGCCGAUUCAGACGCCGAAUCUUCAGGUGAUUCAGAACCCGAUCCGGACUGCAAGUGCCGGGACUGUAAGAUAGGGCGCAGGAGACUAAGAAAGGCAGGAAAAGGUGACAAGGAGAAGGCUGCUGAGGCUGAAACCUCUGAAGAGGAGUCCAAGCCAAACGAAAAGAAGAAGUCGAAGGUCGACAAGAAGAGCAACAAGGUAAUCGAAUCAUCAUCGGAGAGCGACGACAGCGAUGCUGAGACGACAGAGACCGAUACAGAGACCGAGGAUGAGGCAUCGCCGCCUCCUAAGAAGACAAAGGACAAGAAGGAGAGCAAGAAGAGCGCGAAUAAAUCCAAGGAAACGGCCGCAGCAGACGUCGAGCCUAACAACGUUGGCCCGACAAAGAAGAAGCGAGCCAAGAAGAACGACGACACGAAAAAAGAAAAGGCCAAAAAAGCUCGCGAGCCCGAGAAAUUGACACCCGAGGCCGCCUUAUCUCCCAAUCUCCGCCGCCCAAAUCUCAUCAUGCCCAUCCGAGCUGAGGUUCUACAGGUUGAGCAUGCCAUUGAAGGGGUUAAGGACCCCCGACCAAAUGCUUUCCAUGAUUCGCAGCACGGCGUCGUUCGAGUCUAUCACGGACCAGCAUACGGCAAUCCUCAUGGACUACUGUAUCCCGCGCGCGAUCCUUCCAAGGCAACUCUGCCUUUAGGCAUGCCUCAUCCAUUGCAGAACCCUUACAUUAACGGGUUUUCUAACACUAUGAAUCCUGGCGACAACCACUCCAAGAGCCAGUCGCCAUGGGGUGCUAUUCCAGUCACCUACAUGCCAGGAGGACCUCCGAUGAUGGCCCCGGUUGAUCCGAUGCAAAUGUCGCAAAUACCGCCUUACUGGGCUCCAGUGUCACCAGUCAAGAUUUCUUCAGUCAAAGGGUCACCGAAGAUGUCAGGGGCCAACCAGGCAGGAGACAGCAAAGAGAAGGGAUGGGAAACGAAUGUUGGUCCAGCGGGCGCCAAAGCUCCCUCUCCUGCAAAGAGCGCCAAGGUCCAGCCGUUGAACAACAAUGUUGCACCAGCCUCUCCCAUCAACAUCAGUCUGACUGUCAAUCCGAACACGCCUUGGGCCGAAUUUGCGAACACCGUCAGCAAGAAGUCUAGUCCCAAUAAAGACGGCUCACAAGCUGGGAGCAAGCAGGGAUCCAACAACGGGAGCAAGAAGUCUUGGGGGUCCAAGAAGACCACCGAUUGGCAGACUAUACCCAGUGGUCAGCACCCAGACCUCGGAUGGGGCACACCCGCGAAGAGUCAAGCGGGCAGCAACUCUGGGUGGCCCCAGACCACAGGAAGUAACUCUGCCUGGGGUCAAACUGGUGAUGGCAAUAAUGACGCUUGGGGAACGACAGGUGGUCCAGGAAGUAAUAGGAGCGGAUCAGGAAGCAACAAGAGUGGCGGAAGCAACAGCGGCUGGAACAAUUCUGGCAACGACCAGAAAAAUAACACCUGGAACGAUUCAGGCAAUGGCCAAAACAAUGACGGUUGGAACACGUCAGGAAACGAUACCGGCAAUGAUCCUUGGGGCUCGUCAGGCAAUACCCAGGGCAAUGCUGCUCAGGGAGCGUCUGGCGGCGACAAUGUCUGGGGAGCGACGACAAACAACAAUACUUGGGGAGACUCGGGCAACAAUAACGGAAACAAUAACCAGACAAUGAACACAGACGGCUGGGGAGCCUCUAACGGUAACACAGGCGACACCUGGGCUACAGGAGGCAAUUACAACAAUUGGGCAACAGCCUCUAAUCAUUCCAACAGCUCGAAGAAGUCGAACAAAAGCAAAAACCGGGGAGGAAGCAACCGAAGCGCCAGUGGCAACCAGCAGCCACCUCCCAAUUGGGAUAAUCAGAGCAAUAAUGUUGGAUUUUCUGGACGGGUUGUCUCGAGUGGUUCCAACAACUCGCAUCAGUCACGAAAGAGCCAAGCGCCGCCGUCGAACUCAGGUUGGGACAACAACGCUGGUCCUUCGACGAACAGCCCCGUCGGUAACGCCUCCAACAAGAGCAAUGGUUCAAAGAAGAGCUCCAAGAAGGGCUCAAACAACGACGAUGCCUGGAAUGCUGGGAGCGGCGACAACAACCCAGCUUGGACCGUCGACAACAAUACUGGACCGAUGACGGUUAGCCCCAACGCUUCCCAAACGUCAAAGAAGAGCGAGAAGAGUGAUAAGAAUGCCACGACGGCGGGUGAGGGCGGCGGAUGGGGGCCUGCUCCCGCUGGAGACGGCUGGAAUCCGACCGGCACCGAGAUGAGCAAGGGCUCCGGCAGCAGCAAGAGCAUGCCGGGCGCCUGGGACCCUACACCGCCUUGGGGUGAUACAAGCAUGGCGCAAUCUACCAACGGACUUGCGGAAACUUGGUAG